AUGACUGUUCAACAUAUUCGGGACCUCCUGAUCCGUGCCGCCAAAGUCCAUCCGGAUCGGGGUAUCAAAGCCUAUAAUGCGGGAGAUCUCGAGAGCGCGCCCAGGUCCUUGACCUACAAGGAGCUCUACGACUUGGCAAUUGCGAAUAGCAAUGUUCUGCGUCAAACAAAAUACUUCCCUGAAGGCUCAAUUGUGCUACUUCAUUUCGAUGAUCACCUCGAUCUUAUUACCUGGUUCUGGUCAACCAUCUUGGCGGGAUGCAUCCCGGCAAUGUCGACUCCUUUGCCCAAUAUCGCCGAGCGUCGCAAAGGUCAUCUGAACCACUUGAUCACCUUGCUAGACCAGCCGAUUUGUUUAACAAGGAAAGCAGUGGUAUCCGAGUUUCCUGAGGAUGUGUCUUUGGAUGUCCUGGACAUUGAAGAUCUCGGAAAUUGCGAAAAGAUUCUGGCUGCCAGAGAUACCACUAUUGCGCCUCGCGGAAAGUCCAGAGAUCUGGCCUUCAUGAUGUUGACUUCAGGAAGUACUGGCUUCUCAAAAGCUGUCUGUAUUGAACAUUCCCAGACCAUCGCCUCUUUGGUGGGAAAGGCGUCUAUCACCAUGAACAAAACUGGUACAUGCAUGAAUUGGAUCCGCUUGGAUCAUGUGGGCAGCUUGGUCGAGAUCCAUCUGUUGUCGAUGUACCUCGGCAAUGAUCAAGUCCACGCCCAACCCCAGGACAUUGUUCCCAGUCCACUCGCUUUCCUUAAACUUAUACAAGACCAUCGCGUGGAGAGGGCUUUCGCGCCGAACUUCUACCUGGGGGAGAUUUUGAAGCUAUUAGAAUCCAAGCCGGCAGGCACUUUCGACUUCGAUCUCACCAACUUGUCUUACAUCAUCUCUGGUGGUGAAUCAAACCCUACCAAUUUGUGUAUGCGUCUCACAGAACUCCUUCAAGAGUUCGGCGCCCCUGACAAACUCAUUGUGCCAGGAUUUGGAAUGACAGAAACCUGCGCCGGUUCGAUUUACCAUACUUCCUGCCCUUCGCACGAUGUGGCAAAUCAAUACAACUUUGCCUCACUCGGCGAUUGUGUUCCCGGAAUCGAGAUGCGUAUCAGUCCUUCAUUAGAAAUUGAAGAGAGCAAUCCUGAAACAGAGGGAGCCGGCAGUUUGGAGGUUCGGGGCCCUAUCGUUUUCAAAUCGUACUACAAUAAUGCCAAAGCUACAGCUGAGGCAUUCACCAGCGAUGGUUGGUUCAAGACUGGAGACUCGGCAUUCAUCGACGCCAGUGGAAAAUUAAACUUCGCGGGACGCACUCAACAGGCAAUUUGCAUCAACGGUAUGAACUACCCCGUUCUUCUCCUGGAGGAUGCUCUAGAGAAUGCCGAAAUCGACGGUAUAUCUGCGGGUCAUAUUUCCGUCUUUGCUUUCCGGCCGUCUGUUGAGAAGGGGGAACUUCCUGCCAUCUUCUAUGUUCCUUCCUAUCCGUGGAAUGAUAUUAAAUCUCGCUUUGAGACCAUGAACGCUAUUUCCAAGCUCAUUUUCGGCCUCAUCAAUGCUCGUCCAAUAAUCUUACCCGUCAAGAGCUUGGAGCGAACCACUCUAGGCAAGCUGUCCCGAUCGCGCAUGAAGAGCAGCCUCGCAAGAGGUCAAUAUAAGUCUCAGCAAGACGAAAAUGCCGAAAUGAUCAAGAAACACCAAGAAUCCAUAUUCUCACCCGCCAAAAACGAUGUUGAGCAAGGCAUUAUUGAUGAGUUGAAGGACAUCCUUGAUUCCCCCCAGACUAUCGGAGCGGAAAGCAACAUGGUUGAACUCGGCCUUACAUCCGUCAGCUUCAUCAAGCUCCAGCAUGCUCUCAAGAAGCGCUUCGGGGCUCAAAGCGACAUCACACUUACUAUGAUGCUGUCACAUACUACCCCUCGUGCCCUCGCACAAGCAUUGGAAGAGGAAAAGGGACCGCAUGUCUACAACCCGGUCGCUGUAUUGCGGGCAGAAGGAGAGAAGACACCUUUGUGGCUCGUUCAUCACGGAUCCGGCGAUCCCCUCGCUUUCAUGCAUUUGGCGCAAGGUAUUAUGGAUCGACCACUCUACGCUUUCAAGUAUCGCGGCCUUCACCCCGAUGAGCCUUUCUUUACUAGCAUGGAUGAGUGUGUCCUCACCUAUCACGCCGCGAUGAAGAAGCAGCAGCCUUCCGGGCCUUACGCUAUCGCGGGAUACGAGGUUGGCGGAGUGAUUGCUUUUGAGGUUGCGAAGCUUUUAGAAAGCCAGGGCGACAAAAUUCAGUUUUUGGGAACCUUCAACCGUGCGCCUGAGCACUUCCACGCCUUUAACAAUGUCAAUUUCAAGGACGUCUGUAUCCACGUUGCGUAUGGCUCUGACCUCUAUUCCAAGGAGGUUCUCGCUGCGAUUGAGCCUGAAGUCCGAGGACUCUCUAAUUCGGAUAUCGCCUCGCGUGUUAUUGAGGCCUCUGAUGCUAAGCGUGUGGCUGCGCUCAAUAUGGAUGCCCAGAAGCUGGAGCACGGAACAGACCUCGUUGUUGCGCUUCAGAAAACUGCCAUUGCACACACUAUCACCGGAUCCGCCGAGAACAUGAGUGCCCUUUGGUGUGAUCCAGUCGAAGGCACAGAGCCGUCUCGAGCCCACUGGUUGAAGGAGGUCCAGAAAUGGCAACCUCUAAUCAAGGAGCAGAUUCUUUACUACGAGUGCCCAGGCAAGCAUUUCGAGAUGUUGACUCCGAAAAAUCUGCCCGGAUUUACGAAGAUUCUUAAGGCUGCUCUCGCAGAUAAGGGGCUUUAG